AUGUUAUUGCCUUUCACCUUUACUGAGGCUCUUUGUUCAACCUUGCCUAUUGUACAGGCGGAUUAUGCAUUUUAAUUACCCUGUCCCUGUGUUUGAGGAUCUACAAAACAAUUUAACAGGAGCCUAAAUCAGGGAAAUAUCGUAUUGAGUCACUUUCAUGUUGAAAUCUGAAGAUCAAGAUGAGGAUUGUGCCAAGAAUGGCUAUGAUUUUUUGAAAUCAAGCUUAUCUAGCAUUAUAACUCAGGAUACACGCACUAGGAUUGACGCAUUGAUUCAGGAAGUCGCCUCAUUGAAAGAUGUUGAAAAGCUCCUUUUCUGUCUACUUCUCCCAGUGGAUAAUACUCACGGUUCUCAUUGUCUCGGCAAUACUUCUUUUGGCUUUGCGGGUGAUGAACUGGAGGUUUCCUCGGGUUACGACGUCAAUUCAUUGGGUAUUGGCCUCUUUUCACCAGGUGGACAGUCUUCUCUUCACUUAUCCAACCAAGUGGAGCAAAGUCAAGCCUACACGUGGAUUAUGUCUCAUCUAGAAGAAGAUCCAUCAACCUGCUUAAGAAAAGAUGAAGUGUACGAUGACUACAGAGCAUAUUGUGAGAAGCACCACAUGAAAACUCUAAAUACGGCAGAUUUUGGAAAGGUCAUGAAACGCGCAUUUCCAAAUGUAAAACCACGACGUUUGGGUCAACGAGGACAGUCUCGAUACUGCUAUGGUGGAAUGCGUAAGAAGACAGAAAUCCAACCACCCUACCUACCUGAUCUCACCAAUGAAGCUCUUGGUAUUAACUCUCAAAAUAUAUCUGGAAGAUCUGUUGGUUCACCUGGAAGUAGUUCUGGUGGAAGCUUCGAAGCUGGAUCUCAAAGACAUAUGUCAUCAAACAGUCCACUAAUUCGUCUUUUAAAAUCCAAUGGACCUGAUGCCGAUACUAGCAGUUGGGCUGAUGAUCCGUCUGUGCGAGCUGUUCUAGGAAUUCGUGGUUCUGUCGUUGCAGACGUGGCUCAUAUUCUCCUGGAAUAUGGUCACCAAGUUUUUGGCAUACAAUUCAAGUCGCUCUUUCAGCUUGCCCAACAUCUUGUUGCUAACCGUUAUGUUAAUUCCAGGUCCAAACAUGCUUUUGCUUUGAUCGCUCAUGCUGCUAAUCCUCCGAGCUCCUUUUCACCACCACCCUCUACAGCCCUUGCUGAAAUGCUUCAAAAAGGCUCUGUUAAAUCAGCAUUCGGUAAAAUACAAAACAAACGUCAGAAUUCAUCUACAAGUGAUUUAUCAUCCUGUAAAUCGGAAUGUACUAAAAAUGAAAGUUUUCAUGCACCUUCAACAAACAAUGUUGACUCCCCAGUCACUAAUGUUCCUCGGUCGACUGUACCAGAUAAUAGACAUUUAAAUCUUCCUAUUCCUAACCUGAAUCAUAAUUUAAAUAAUCAUGGAUCAUCAUCUGUUCCACCUUUCAUUGCUUCUGGCGAUAACCCUGCUAUGCAAAUGCCUCAUUGCAGUACUCCUCAACGUGGUAACUGUUACAAGCCAUAUGAACUACAGACUUCUUUACCACAAACUAGUGGGGUUGGUGCAUAUACAGCUGCUGCUCUAGCAUCUCCGUCUGCAUUGCAGUCUUCCAAUCAGCAAUUGUCUAAUAACCCGUUCAAUUUUACUCAGAACUUCCGAAAUAACGCUAUCAAUCAUCCAUAUUCCCAUAGUGGUGCACCUGGGUUAACGCAUCCAUCUACGGCAAUGGCUUUAGCUGCUGCAGCUGCUGUUGCAGCGCAUCAAAAACAGCAGUCUGGUGUGUCGAGCUUUCCUUCAUGUGUUUUGGGGUCUAAUUUCUCUUCAGCACUUGGUCCAAUUCCCGGUCCUGUAUCACCAUCCAUUGAUUCACGACACAUUACCGCAAACACUAACACAUCUACCCCUCCUAUUGCUCACAGCGAAAAACAUACCAGCAUUUUGGAAUCAUCCACACCAACGUCUCAACGUGAUUCAGCGUAUACAAACUUGGGUGGUUAUCAUUCUCCGAUAACAAAUAGCUCAAUGUAUCCAGCCCAUCAAAUUACAUCUCCAUAUCCUAGAUCCCAACAACCGCCUGCCCCACUCCCCCCCGGUGUAGGUGCACGCAGCCCUUAUGCCCAAGUGUCGCAUCUAUCUGCAACGAAUACAGACUGUAAUCAAGUAGGGUUUAAGCGAACUGUCCUACCACAUCCUGGAGAAGCCCCAGGUGCAUACGAGCCAUCGCCACGAUUUCACCUAGGCGGUCAAAGUCCCAAUAAACGUGCUCGUUAUUUAUCUACAGCCUCUGGAUCGAGUUCUAAUUCGUUAUCAACAGAUGGUCCACCACUCAGUGGUGGUAGUUUUCCAGAUGGUAAUGAACGGUAUUCUGAACAAGUAGCACCAGUCAUUACUCACAACACCUCUUUAGCCGUCCCUUCACCUGCAAGCACUGGAAGCAGUUCAUCUAAUCCCCCUCAAAUUCCUAACAACCCUACGGGAUAUUCUGGAUCAUGUGGUACUUCACGGCAGUACAGCGUAAACAAUCUUGAUCAGUCACCAUCUAUGCCUUCUCCUUAUUAUCCUGGUCGCUAUGAAGGACUUGAAAUGCAUAGCCCUGCACCACCAUCACAUGGACUUCUGAGAUCUCAUCAUGUACAAAACAAUACCGGCUCGUCGAAUUCGUCUUGGAAUAUUCCUGGUCCAUUACCAUCUAAGACUAAUCUGUUUGACCAGCAGCCAUCUGAUUAUGUAGUGAAUUCUAGAAGUCAAAGUUAUAACCCCAAUCUUUCUGUUUCAACCUCUGAACGUACAAAUGUCGCUACAGUGUUUCGUCCCCCAAUUACUCCGUUCACUCUGGAGCUGGAAAGUGAAGACGAUGGAGAUAACUUGCCUAGGUUAGGCACUUCUCCAGGACCACAAAUACCUCCUAGUUCACCUACAGAGUUUUUGCCGUUUUACUCUGAAGCUGCUAAUAAAUCUGCUCAAGCUCAACUACGACAGAAACAUUUUACUGAACUUACUCCAAGAAUUCAUAAUACACCAGAUAGUGACGAUCGUGGAACCAAUUCUGAUAACAGUUCUCCGUGUAUGACGCUUGUAAAUCGAGAGCGAUCAGAUAUUCGAAAUAAUUGUCAUAUUAAAUCUAAUGAUUUUGCAACUACUUCUUCAAUGACCAAUCCUGUUUCACAUUCUGACGAGGUUUUGUCCCCAUGCUCAUCAGAUUCAAACGACCGUACUUUAACUAUUCUUGACAAUUUAGGGGAGGUAAACACGCCACCAAUGCCAGAUGGUUUGGCUAAUGCACCUUCUCCAAGCGAAGUAAUAAAAACUAGUUCUAUGGUGCGGAAGCGUGAAGAAUUACAGCAUGAAUUGAGCACUCCUGGUCCAGCUGAUGGAAGUAGAUCCCCUUCCUGUCCCAGUAACGUAAGUUCUCUUAGCUUUGUUUGACUACAUAGUUUUGUAAUCUCCAUAUUUUACAUGUUCUGUGCUAUAAUUAUAUUACUACCUAGAUAAGGCUGUAUCAUUUCUAAAUGGUUUAGCUCUUCAUCUUUCAUUUUUUUAGUUGUUUUGUAUAAGAACUAGAAGUGCUUGCUUUUCUUGUUAACAUUUUUCGUUCAUGCGUAUUAUUUCCCAUCUUACUAAUCUUUCACACUCUUCUGUUCGUAUGAAUCCGUUUUUUGAGAGCGUCAACCAACAUCUCAUGUAAUUGACAGGAUGUGUUGGGUUUAUCUGACUCUAACCACGGCAUAGAACACUUCAAAAUUCAACGGUGUUUUGGAAAGUUCCUAAAAUUUUGCAGUAACUAAAUAAUUGAUAAUAAUCAGUGUCAGUCAGUAUGUGACCCUAUAUCUAGACUUCGUGACAAUUAGCCAUCAUUAGCACAACAUACCUGCGAUCUCGUGGAAUCCAUAUCCAAGUCACUUUCAGAUAUUAUCAUCGGCCGAUAAAGAUUGCAAUUGACUUUCCACGGUUAAAUUAUUAACAUUGACAACCGACUAGUAUCCAGUGCCAUCCUGGUUGAGACCUUAUGGUUAACCGAACUCCAUCCAUCAAAUAUCACUACAGAAACUGAUCUAAGUAUCUUGACAUCACGUGCAGUAUGUUUGGAUAUCGACUGUUGAAAUGCAAUCGACCGAUUGGUAAUAAAACCGACUCUAUUCACUGUGUUUAAUGUAAUACGAGAUCCUGAGCUUACGGAAAGCUUUGGUAAAGUUGUAUCCAUUCAUUCUUACUGAUAAGUGGUGUAGGUACUCAACCUUCAGUUCAUGCCGUUAAGUGUUGUCUCGUCCUAAUUUUGUCUUUAGAAAACGCUAUUGUGACGGUUGACAUGCAUAAUCAGCACAGAACCUGGCGCAGAUUCGUCUUGGCUCAAGUUACCAUACCAGAUUAACACGACGACGAGACAAGAAUAACAAAACAGGUUGAAAUAAUGUACAGUGAUACAAAAUAAGACUGAAUCUUGGAAAUAUGGUUUGAAAAGGCAGUGUGGAAAGGUAUAUGUAGAGAAAUAUUGAGACUCAAUGUUUACAGGGUUAUACAGCGUGAAUGAAUUUUUGCUACUGUGACUGAUUCCAAGACAUCACCCGGUCUCCAACCACUGGUAACGAUUAUAGUGCGGACUACAACUAAGUAGUUUGCACUUACAGUUAAUAACUUCAUGGACUGAUGCCACAUUUUAGUUUGGUCGUUCCUAGCUUUCUUACUUCUGCUCUAGAAAGCGCCUCUCGUCUAGGCGGGUGUGGACAGUCAUAGGUAACAAGUUUUGGCCACAUCAGUCGUUCUUAAUAUAACCUACUCCAACUUCAACAUUGCCUCCUUAUUCAUCCCAUGAAAAAUAAACAGUCUUUCAGAAACCUUCAUAGAGCACAUUUUAAAUCGACAAAGUAGAAGUAAGCGUACUCCUGAAGGUUUUUGUAGCUGUUGUAUUGGUACUUUCUAGGAAAAACGUUUGACAACUAAACAGUAGACCAGACUUUUGGUUUCUCUUUGUAAGCUAAGCUUUUUGUUUAUAUAAAACUCGCCAGUAUUUUCUAUCUUUUUUAGUCAGGCUCAGUUCAGUGUUCAAGUUCAGCAGAUGUGAGUAUCACAGCGUUUUGAAUUUCGUGUGUUCGUUUCACUACGAAUAUAUCGUCCGCAUUUACUUAUUUUUAAUUCAGUGUGUUAUUAUUGAGAAAGUAUUCCAUGGAUGAACACGCUUAGUUCAUUUUUUGAAUCGUUCGUCUCGUGAUAAUUCUGGACAAUAAACAAAUACACAAAAUGACAAACUCUCUAGAUUCUUUUUGACUUAGCAAACGCUAUUCUACCUCCAAAAGGUUUUAAUAGGCAUUACUUUAUUUUUCGAACGUUAGAAUCGGUACAGCUUUUCACAUUUCACCUUAUUUUUUUAAAUACGCUUUUGAUAUGUACAUUUUUAUAUAACGGUUGUUUUUCUGUAUCUGUUUGUGUUUGGUGCAUUCCUCUUUUAUAAACUAUUUUUUCACUUGGUUUAUGAAAACAACCAAAGAGUCUUUUACAUUUAUAUCCUAUCAGUUAUAUAAUUUAAUCAGAUUCUCAGCUUCCGCUGUUGUAUACUUUGGAUAGUUUUCCUACAAUCCAUAAGAUAAAUUACAGUGAAGUUGUAGUUAUAAAUUUUCCCAUUUUUACUGUUUCUGCAUAUACCAAAGUUUUGUAGUUUCAUAUUUGACCAACUGAAAAGCCUGUAAAGUUUUUUCUCUAUGUUUUGGCUCAAAUACCAGUCAUCUUCUUGAGUGUGAAAUUAAAUGCAUUUUAUUCAAUCAAAUUGGCUUAUAUUUAGGUUCCUUUGAAUGGUAAUUAUAAAUUAAAGAAUAAACUACAUUUCU